AUGCCACCAGUACAGCAGGUUUACUUACAGCAACAGCCAUCGAAUUGGGACAAGUUUAAGAUGGGCCUUAUGAUGGGUUCCGCAGUCGGUGUUUGCACAGGUAUAUUGUUUGGUGGGUUUGCCAUCAUCACGCAGGGGCCCGGCCCUGACGGGUUUGUGAGAACGUUGGGCAAGUAUAUUGCCGGGUCGGCAGCCACAUUUGGUCUCUUCAUGUCGAUUGGGUCUAUCAUAAGGAGCGAAGGAGCAGACGAAAGAGGUCUGAACAUCCAGCAACUCAGGGAUUUGCAGCAGAGAGCCAGGUUUGAAGCCUGGAAAGUACGUGCCAAAUAUGGGUUGUAUCAGGAGCGGAAGGAUUGA